AACUCGGCUGGCAGCGGAGUCGAGUCAGUCACUCGACCAGGUAGUGUUGUGAGUUGAGUGUAGCGUAAUCAUUGUUUGUAUUUACUGUUAAGUGUGUUAUCUCUUUGUGACACGCAGCGAAUUGACAUAUGGAAAACUUGGAUGGGACGAAUAGUUUUGUCCCUGGAUUGACUGAAUAUCGUGUGACUGAGUGGUAAUGUGAAUUGUUUCUGCUGUAGGUCCGUGAAAGAGGUUAGGCGUAUGUAUUGUGAUGCGAAAGUUUUCGUUCAAUUAGGUUCACUAUUUCUGCUUCACCUCUCACCCCAGUGCUUUGUUUAUUAUUUCCAUUAAUCGAUUUGCUGUGAUUUUGGUGGAUGACAGCGUGAUUUGACAGUUUCGGAUGAUUAAUAAUUUGUACCGUCAGAAAGGGAUACAAACAACACAACAUGCGUUUGGAACUGAAUGUUGUGUGGUGGAUAAAUAUUGUGUUUUUGGCUUCAUGGUUGUGGAGUUGAAAUAAAUUGCAUUAGGAGAAAUUGUAUUUUGUUUUUGACAUUAAUUACUGUGUAUUUCGGAGCUAGAAUUUAUUGUGAGUAUCGUUUGAGGAUAAUUGUCCCGAGUUUUCCCCUUAUUUUGUACAAUAAAGAUAACAUAUAACAGUUACGGUGCAGAUAUUUUUGAAACUUUCGUGAUAUACUAAAUAUGGUGCAGAUGUUUAAUAUCCAAGUACCUUCUGUGAUGAAUGGCUAAUAUAUGCCACUCUUCGUUUAAUGUGAAAAGAACAUAUUCAUGUCUCCAAAAAGUGGUGGUUCUAAUUAAAUUGUGACUACGAUUUUCAUGUGUUAUUUUUGUCGACCUUCUUCGAAAAUGUAGAACAAUCACGCUCGUAGCUUCGAUAAAGCAAGUCGACUGCGUGCCAUCACGUCAGUGUGCACGAAUUUUUGUUUUGUUAUCUCGGCAGAGUGUAACGUGAUGAAAACGCCAACAUGAAAUGAUGUGUGCCGAAAACAAAGUGAUACAUGUUUGUGCUUCUGUAGGUGUUACAUUGCCUUGUUCAGUGAAGUUGUGGAUUUACACAAUAUGAGAUUAUUGCCUGUGGUGAUUAGUGUGAUGGUGGGUAUGUCCAUCACCUGAUGAUGCCGCUGCUGCAUUGGAGUCAUUGUCGGUAAUUCAGCCCUCUGUUAAUAGAUCAGUGCAGAAUGAUGCGAUCACCUGGUGAAUGGUGUAACGGCGUGCCUGAAGUGUGGUGAUGAUAAUGAUGUGUGUAUUUAUUAAACCCUGGAUUUGAUUGGAUUACUCAAGAAAGAUGAUGGGCGGAUAUUACGACGGUCCAGCAAACCCACUUCUGAAAGGGACUUUGUCCAGCGUGGAGCGCGACCGACUCAGGGAGCGGGAACGCCAGGCUCGCGCGCAGAUGUCAUCUCAGUCAGAGCGCGAAGCCGAGAAUCUGGGGGCUCCAUUCUUCAGGCCGCCUGUCAGAGUGGUCCCCUCAGCUGCUGACAAAGUGACCCGACAGAUACAGAGCAAGUUGGGCGACUAUAACGCGGUGCAGCACAUUCUAGAAGAUGAUUCCAAGCGCUUGAUUGGGAUUGAUGGUGUCCCUGCCAGCCCGGCACCUGCCGGUAGCCACACGUUCUUUCCGGCAGCUGCCGCUGCACGACUACAGCAAAUUCCGGAAUUCAAGAAGCCAUCCACUCAUCAACAUGGCAGUACUGGGAACAGUGGGAGGGGAAAUAAUCAUUAUCAUCCCCAUAGCGCUCCUCGAGGUGGAUUUGUGAAGCCUGCAGAUGGGAAACCACCCCAUGGAGGUCGGGGUGGGUAUCCUGGGCAACCUGUGAAGCAUGGUGGAGGCAGCAAUGAUCACCGGUCCAACGGUGGCAUUGUGCCGCCGAAGGGGCCACCUCAAGGCGGUGGAAGUGGAGGCGGCGGCAAUUGUAGCAACAGCAGGAUGCAACAAGUUGCGAGGACUCUUCCGAGACUAAAUGUUAACCAGCCACCAGUUGCAGGACAAAGGGAGUCAUCACAGCUCGGGAGUGCAAGUCAAACUGAAGUUGAUGUCAUCCUAAAGGAAAUGACAGAGGUGAUGGACAUGACCCCUAUCACUGGUAUAGCGACUCCAAGAAAAGAGACCGAGAGCAAGUUCACGUUCAACUCUCUUCUUAAGUGCCCGGAUUAUACUGCAUCAGCUACUCGCCACACGGAUUACAGUAGAAAUCAACGGAGCAGCCAGGCUCAGUCCCAGAUUCCGACGAACGUAGUGACAGAUGCUCUUGACGACCUGCUUGUAUCAGAUGACAGUGAUGAAGACAAGGAGGUGCUUAACUCCGAGGCCAGGACCAAUGGAUCAUCGGACAAAAUGGACGAGUCCAGAAGAGGAGGCCCUUGUGCAGCGGCUAUAUUGACUGCUAGUCCAACACCCAGCGUACUAAGUAUUGGAAAUAGACCUCCGCAGCCAGUGGCACCCAUGUCCCCAGUGGGUCCUCCCAAGUCUUCAGGGGCUUGCAGCUCAUCCAGCGAGGAAGAUUCAGAUUCUGAAUCAGAGAGUGAGUCGAGCAGUGAAGAAUCAGGGGAUGAGGCAUCACAUGAACCUGUGGAUUCUGCAGGGGGCAACAUUGCCCCACAAGCUCAUUUGUCUCCCCAAGCCAUGGAACCAAUGGAAGAGACAAAGCCACAAGACAGGUGGAACUUGGAAAGGUUUCUUAAGAGGGAAACGCAAUCGCUUGGAGGAGAGCAACCAGUAGGAAGUGAACACUCUAAGCUUUGCAAGUCUGAGUUUGUGAAGAAGGAACCUUGCUCAGCAAAUACAACUCCUACAGUUGCUAACAGUGUACUAGAAUCAAGCCUGCAGCAUCCUGUAGUUGGGACCAAAGUGAAAAUAGAGAGUGGUGCAGUCUCAGAUGGUAGCGACUCGAACAAAGAGCUGGACAAUGUAGUGGAGGCUCUUCAGCGUCCUCCUCUUCCACUCUUGUCUAGUCUGUCUGAAUCAGACUCCGGAGACGGUGCCAAGAAGAAACCGGCACUUACCGAAACGAGAUCGAGACGGAAACGUCCCAGUCUUCCCACCCGUGCACCGGAACUCUCAAGUGAGAGUGAUUGUGAAAGUGUGAUGAUCAUCAGAGAAAAGACCAGGCCAGCCAAUCGAAACAAGACACGUCCUAAGAAGGAACCGAGAUCCCACAGUACGUCGGACGAAGAGGAGCAAUUACCGAAGCAACCGACUGUAAAACAACGUAGCAAUCGCAGUGUUAGGUCAAAACCUUCUCCGUCUCCUGCUCGACCCUCAGGUGACAUAGAUGAUAGAAAGAAGAAACAGGGGGAUAGGACUCCAAAGCAAAUUUCCAAUAGAAAUAGUGAUGUAAGGAAGCUUCCGCCUCCGUCACCUAGUGAAUCGGAGGACGAAGAAACAGCGGAGCCUCAAGGAAGGGUCCAGUCUUCUUCCAGUGCGUCAGAUGGUGAAAUAAAAGAGUCUAAACCAUCAGUCAACGUAAGGCCCAAGCCACCUCUGUCCGCAGGUAGUGGGUCAGAUGAUGAUUCAGAUGGGGGUAAAAGAGGUUCCAGAGCAAAUACAAAAGAAGUCGCUGCUCAGGAUCGGUUUGAAGAUGAAAUGCCAAAUGUUAAACCAAGAGCUCAAUGUGCAACCAGAAGAGAGUCAUUUGGUAUAAGAGAAAGUACGCUAUUAAGUGCGUCAGAUGAAGAAGAUGAAGUAGACAGACGAAGGAGAAAUGUUUCAACAGGCAGACCGAAACCCCCCUCUCCUAUUUCUCUUAGCGGGUCUGAGGAAAGGGAUGGCGAGUGGGCAAGAAAAAACAGCAAAGUUCAGAGUAAUGUUAAAAAGGCUGGUAGAGGUAGAAGUAAGGCAAGAUCUGGCGUGAUACCAGUACAAGACGAAAAGAAAGCUACUGCUCCAAAGAAGGAGAAGGUUCAGAAAGGUUCUAACAGUAGGAAGAGAUCUAAGGAUGAUGUGGCAGGUGGUACCAGAAAACAGUCUGGUCCUGGAAGGCCUUACCCCAGAAGAAAUAAGAAGUCAAAUGUGGUGAAAAGUUGUUACGUCACAACUGAUUCCUCUUCAGAUACUGACCAUGAAUUAGAUGUUGUAAAUACGUCCUCAGACAAGGCCGCAAGGGCUUUCAAGGGCAAAAGUCAGCGUAACAACAGUCCUGACUCUAGUUCUGAGUCCGAGAAGGAUCGGAGCAAGUCAGACAGUCUGUCCAAGAGGAAACAGUCUUCAGACAGUGAUAGGGACAGCGACAGAUCCGUCGUGUCUCGCCCACCUAUUUCGAAGAUAGAAGAGAGCCCCCCCAAGUUGGAUACAGAAGGCAAAGCCAUCCAAGACAAAAAGAAAAGUGAUACCCUGAGAAAACUUUUUGUUCCUACUAAGGGAGGUGCUAAAGGUGGGGCUAAGGGGGGUGCCAAAGGUGGGGCUAAAGGGGGUAUAUAUUGUGCCAGUGGGGGUGGGAAAGGUGCAGGUGCAAAGGGUAAGGGUGGCUCAAAAACUCCUGGUGUUCUUGUAGUGGAAUGUGUAUCAGAGAGGACGUCUUCUUCGGUGGAAGAUGAGAGUGCGCCAACGCCCGUGAGCCCUCGUUUAUUAUCCCCAUUGUCAAACGAUGCAACGACAAGCAAGCAAGGUAGUAUGGGUUUUGAUGUGAAUUCAAGUCCAGCGAAGGCUGACAAGUAUGGUGCAACAUCUGGAAAGCCUGGCACAAGAGAGCGUAGUCCUGAGAAACCUUUACGACGAAAGACCGCGAAGAAAGUGUUAGAGAAACCAUCUAGACAUUCUGUAGCAGAUAAAAGUGUGCGUGACACUUCAUCAAACAAGAAGAGUGCACAGAGCACACCAAAAGUGGAAAUUCCUUCAAUUGUGUAUCGUGCUGAUGGAAUUCCAAGUAUUUUUUGUCAUUUGGAUCUGUCUAGACUGUCCAAAAUUCCGAUUCCAGGAGGUUCCGGAAAGAGGCCUAGUGGUGGGGAGGACAUUAGGGUGCGAACAGAACUGGCCGAUACAAGGCAACAGGCUCUAAGUGACCCAGACUAUAGUAGGAAGGGCAAAAAGCAGCGUAUUCAGUCGCCCAGUUGCGAGGAUGUAGACGUAGUGAUACCAAAGUGUGAUAUUGAUAAGAACACUGAUUCAUUGGUGCAGGAUAAUGGUUAUGACAGUACGGUAGUUAAUCACGAGGCUUCCCAGAAGCAAAAGAAAAGAAAAGGUAGCAGAAAUAGAGACAUUUCCAAUGCUAUGAACCAUCCAGAAGUCAGAGAGACUGGUACUUCUGCAGUAGAAGGGAAUGUAAAAUCUGGUGGAAAGUCUAAACAUCACAGAAAGAGCAGUGGCAGUAAUGGACGCAAACGCCAACGUGAGCGCAGGCCAAGUGGAAGUUCUGUGUCGUCUUUGUCGACGGAAUGCAGUCGGGUGUCUUCACAAGGUGGCAGCAGCCACAGGCAUCGUGAUAAACAUAGCCACGAGCGUGGUUCUGGCAAGCGACGUAAGCUUCAGCAGCAGCCUGAGGAGUCCAGUGAACAUACCGCCCUAAGGAUAUCUAGUCAAAGCACAGUGGCUCUCACAGAUGUGCCUCCAACAAACCACGAGCGAGAAGAUAACAACGAAGAGAUGGUAGCCGCAGCAGGAAGUGACUCACCAGGUGGCUCUGAGCUGCACUAUUCUGAAGAUCCUCUGGCAGGCUACUCUGUACCUCCUGGUCAUGGCUAUCCUAUAUCUGCCAUGAAUUGGCCGCACACAACACACAAAGUGUACUUCUCCUAUUUUGAACGCGAAGAUGAGGACGCCUCAGAAGAUGAGGACAGAGAUCAGAAUCAACAGAACCAGUACCUGACAGAGGCCAAGAGGUUGAAGCAUGGGGCAGACAGGGAAACAGACCACACAGCACAAGGAAUGCAGUACCUAGAAGCUGUGCUGUUUUUCCUUCUCACUGGGAAUGCUAUGGAGCACGAGAGUUGCACAGAGAAAGCAGCUUUUACCAUGUACAAGGAUACUCUGAGUCUCAUAAAGUAUAUUUCUUCAAAGUUCCGAACCCAGCAGAACAGUUCCCCGCAAGGCAGCAUAGACAAUAAACUCGCAAUUUUAAGUCUACGAUGCCAAUCGCUGUUAUACCUCAAAUUGUUCAAGAUGAGAAAACACGAAGUGAAGGAAUAUCAAAAGGUUCUGGCAGAUUAUCAUCAAAAGGCAACACAGCCGACACCACUGCAGCCAGAACAGUGUGGUGGACAGGUAGUGGGUGGGCAGGGUACUCCCUCCCCACUGUCACCUACUCCGUCUCCUGCAGGGUCCGUGGGAUCAGUAGGUAGUCAGUCAUCUGGGUACAGCAGCGGAGAGCUGGCCGCAGGAAGAAUGGGCGGCAGUGGCGUAGGUGGAGGUAACAGUGUGGCGCAGCAGCCUCCAGCAGCCAACAUGGGUCCGUGUGUUGCUGUACCUCUGUCGGUGCACUCGGCAAUGCAGAAGCAGAACCAGCACUUCAGCUACAUGCUGUCAUGCCAUGAACUUUGGGAGCAAGCAGACUUACUUGUUUAUAAGGGCAAACACAAAGAUUUCUUCAUAGAAUUAGACCAUUUUUGUGGACCUCUUACAUUGCACAGUUCUCUGAAUGACUUGGUGAGAUAUGUACGAAUCGGAAUUCAGAGGUUGAAGGAAAUGUGAUUUAUGCGCUAUGGCGGUGAGAACACGUAGCUCCAGUGAAAUAACAGUUUGUGCUUGUGAACAAAGUUGCCAGUGCAUGGGUUGAACUUUAUAAUUCAUUGUCUAGUGGUCUGAGACCCCUCUCCCCAUUGACAGAAGCGCGUCAGAUGUCUGCGGACGUAGGACGUGUAAUCAUCCAUCCUUAUUUAACUAUUCAAUAAGUAUAUUAGCAUUUUGGGCCCUUAUUCGACACUCGUCAGCAAAAAAUACAAUGCCUUAGACUAACAACUGGAUCACUCAAGAUGGAGGCAACUCGGUUAAUUUGGUGGUUCUUCAUAGAGAUUUUGAAGUUCGUUAAACAACCCUCCAGCAGCUAUUAAAUAUGGCAGUUCAUAAUUCUCUUCGUAAGGAUACCACUCCUGAAUUUUCAUGCGUAUUCCAUCACAUUGCAGGAUAAAGAAGUUACAGUGAUAAUAGAAGUCUCAGACUUUUGAGCCUUGUUUUAUCAGUUUUGGGUGGCGAGACCGUGUUAAGUUGGGUUGGGUAUGCCAACAUUUAAGAGUAAUUAUCGGGUGCUGGUCUGUCUUAUCCGCACCAAAACUUUGGGUCAUCAUCCAAAAGUGAUAUUACUAGUCUCUACAGCAGUAAUUGUUUUGCUUUGUCUUGUGUUUACAUUAAAGUUUAUAUUCUGAAUGAUGUUGCAUAUCUUCUCAAAAUUUUGAUGCAGUAUUUCUUUUAACAUGAGAGUUGUAGCACCCUGUAGUAUUGUAUUGUAAUUACUGACCGAGGCUACGGUCAGUAAGUGAUAUUUUAAAGGCCUUUUCAGAAACAAAAGACUAAAUGUAGAAAAAGCGAGGAGUUUGAUUAUAUUUUCUUUGAUCAGUUCAUAACGUGA